AUGUUUAGCAGACUUUGGUUAACAGUCUUUUUGUCACUUCUCUUCUAUGUCAUUUAUUUGCCAUCAUGCGAAUCAUCGGCGCUCUUUACAUGGAUUUGUUCAUGGCUUAACAUAACCUGGUUGUGUAAGGAAAUUGAAAAUCAUGCAUACUUGUUGGAGGGCAAAGAAUAGUAGAACGAUUCGUAAUUUUGUCACAGUGAAAAUACUGUUAUUCACCGCAUAUGAAAAAUUAACUUUUGCAAAACUGUUGACUGCUU